CUCACGCCACUCUAACUCACACAUGUAUAAAUAGCAGCCAACAUUUACCUAGCUUUUUAAACUUAGUCCCCAUUGAUCUUAACCAUGGCCAUCAAACCGGUUGUAACCACCGUGAUAGCUCUUUUCUCCACCAUUCUUGCUCUCUAUAUAAUCUCAUUGCCGUCCUCUCUCUCUUCUAUUGCUACAGCUAUCAUAACCAGUUCUCAACUCGGACCAUUAUCAAUAUAUUCAACAUUCUUUGGACAUAGACACCAUCAUCAUCACCAUCACCACCAUCAUCAUCACAACGAUCAUGUUCCAGUGAAGUGUUGUGAGAAAUGGACGUCAAGGCUUACACACCUGUACGGGCCUUCACUUGUGUUGACUGUUGAUUUGAAUGGUUGUGGUAACUUCAGCAACGUUCAAAGUGCCAUUGAUUCUGUACCGGAUUUAAGCCCUACCAAAACUCUCAUUAUCGUUAAUUCGGGUGUUUAUAGGGAAAAAGUUACAGUUAAUGAGAACAAGACAAACAUUGUAAUGCAAGGAAGAGGAUAUCAAAACACAUCCAUUGAAUGGAAUGACACAGCAAAAUCUGGAGGAGGCACUGCUUAUAGCUUCUCGUUUGCUGUGUUGGCAGCUAACUUCACAGCUUACAAUAUUAGCUUCAAGAACAAUGCACCGGAACCAGAUCCGGGUGAAGAUGACGAACAAGCAGUAGCUUUAAAGAUAGAAGGAGACCAGUGCGCUUUUUAUGGAUGUGGAUUCUACGGUGCUCAAGAUACUCUUCUAGAUGAUAGAGGAAGACAUUUCUUCAAAAAUUGUUUCAUUCAAGGGUCCAUAGAUUUCAUAUUUGGCAAUGGAAGAUCACUCUAUCAGGAUUGUACUAUUAACUCAAUAGCCAAGGAGAGUACAUCAGGAGUCAGUGGAUCUAUCACGGCACAUGGAAGACAAUCAAAAGAUGAACAAACAGGAUUUUCUUUUGUUAAUUGUAAGAUAGAUGGAACCGGGAAAGUAUGGCUUGGACGAGCUUGGGGAGCCUAUGCUACCAUAGUGUUCUCAAACACAUACAUGUCUGGAAUCAUCACUCCAGAAGGUUGGCAUGAUUGGGGUGAACCUACCAGAAAAAAGACGGUGACUUUUGGAGAGCAUAAAUGCUAUGGAGAAGGAGCAAAUUACAAAAGAAGAGUUUCAUAUGGGAAACAACUAACCGAUUCUGAAGCAUCUUCAUUCACAGACAUUUCUUACAUAGAUGGAGACCAAUGGCUAAGUCAAACUAACAUACUCUCUGAGCUUACAUCUGAAGAUAACAAAGAAGAACUUAUCGGAUUUUACUAACCGAUAUGAGGAUCAUGAUGCAAAGAUACGCACACAAAACACUGAGAUACAGAUUAUUUCUAUAAGAAGUCACAUUCAUAUCUAGUUUUCAAACAAGACCAUAUAAUAGAGUUGCAUGUGUUUAAUUAUUUUCCUCCUCCCAUAUCUAAAUGGAUCCUGGUUUUAAAAGAGUAGCCAAUCUAUGAAAGAAUUUUACCAAUCAACAUAAAUGAAAGAAAUUACUUCUUUUGUCACAAAUCAUAUUUGUCAUUGCUUAAUUA